CCCGCAGUCAGCGCUGAGCGGCCGCUGCUCCGCACAGCCCCGUUCCACCUGGGGAGCUGCCACACCGCCGCCGCCCGCCCACCGGCCGAUCAAGAAAUAACUAAACAUGGAUGAGGUAGUGGAAACCCUAGGAAAGAUCGAGCAGAACUACAAGCUCUUCCAGCAGCAGCAGAUGACAUUUGUCAAAGCACUGAAACUCAGUCGUUUGGAAGCCAAUGAUCUGGUCAGACCUGUGUCAUCCAUUAAUCAGGUAGAGUGCUACAAGGACCACCACUGUUACAAUUCCAGAGACAGGCACGUCCUCAACAUGUUCAUCUCCAUCUGCAACGAUCUCCGCAACCUGUGCCAGAAGCUGGAGAAGGUGCACCCUGGGGACAGUGUGACCAAUGGCCUUCUGGAGAAGUGCAAAGUGCUCCUUAAUGACAGCAACGACUUCACUGACCUUCGAGCCACCUACCCCCAUGGUGUUGUGAACUACCUGAGCUUGGCCGAAGCAACGGAUUGUUACGCAGGAGUGGUGAGCCUGAUCCCCAUCGUGAUAGACACCAUGAGGGAGUGGAUAUCCUACACCAACAAACACCUGCUGCCUAACGUGAGUCAUGGACAUGCCACAACAAAGCAGGAGACACCCAUUUCCCAAACUCCACCUGCUGUGGACCUUACAGUUCAGACCUCCAUUAGUAACAAAAAUACUGUAAAAUUGCAGGAGAGAGAAUGCUCCAAGUGCAAGUAUGAAGAUCCACGUUUGAAAAAACAAGCUCCCUGGAAGACACCAGGCAAACACCCCUACUAAAGAACAGAUCAAUGCUCCUGCAUCAUCUGCUCACUACCUUUAACCACCUGGCUGAUUAAACACAAUGAACUGAACACUAGACAUCCAUCCUGAGUCCACUUUCUGAAGAGCUGCCCUGCAGCCAGCCUGUGACAGAUGCAUUUGCUUUCCCUUGCCGAGAUUUCCACUCUGCUCCUCAUAUCCCCACAGAAGGAGCUGCAGCUACAGCUGCUCCCUGGGGCCAGCACUGCACUGGGAGCAGGGAACACUCAGGACUCAUCAGGUUCUAAUCUCUCUGACAUGACUCUUGGACAAGUUACUUGAAGUAAGAUUUUACAUUUUCUCAGCCUUCUGAGGAACAUCCCCUCUCUGCCACAGCCAGUGGGGUGAGGAACCUGCCUGCGUGAAGGAUGUGAUGCAGAGCAGCAAAGGCCUGGCAUUAUGGAUUAGAAAGGUCUUCGACAUUUAGAAUUGUCUCUAAAAUUCCCUCACCCCCAUGUAAAUACUUUGUUAAGCUGGACCACACAAUCCCUAUGUACAGGACAAACUUUCCACACACGGACACCCGCGCACCACCUUUAUCUACAACUCGAACAGGGACACCUCCCGGCCUCCGCCGGCACCGCCCGGUCACCCCGCGCCGCGGAGGGGCUGGCGGGGGCUC